GGCGUUACGCAUUACACUCAUUCGUAAACAACAGAGUACCCCGAGUCUUUGCUUUCUGUUUAUUUUUUAUCGGGUAUUCCUUUGUGGCCCUCAUAUUCGUUUCGUUGGGACGUUUUUCAUUUUUGUUUCCAACGCGCUUGAAGCAGAGACGACAACCAACUCUCAACUCCUGUCAGCAAGGAAGGAAGAGUUCUCUCGGAAGAGGAAACCUCCACUAUCGGUAUUCUAUUUUGGACUAGACGGCUCCUCCUGAACGUGAUUGGAACUCAUGGGACGACAGCCCUAGGUCAGUUUAAGACCAAAUUAUAAACAUAUAUUCAAAGUGGAAAUGUCUGCGGCGAGCAGAGUUCCUAAAUGCCGCACAUGCUUAAGUGAAAAUGAAAACAUUCAAUACUUUCGACUCAACGACUAUGUCCAAGAAGAGAACUCUAAAAUCUUGGACAUUUUGGAUAUAUUUGUGCCACAACUAAACGUAAAGACAGAUAAUGGCUUUUCCCAGCAGAUCUGUCAGGAAUGUAUCAACAAAUUGCUAUAUUGUUAUCGAUUUCAACAGCUAUGCAUAGAAUCUAAUAGGCAUUUGCUCGGUGUUGCAGCGAUUGAAAGUGCCCUCCAGGGGGGAGGAGAAAUGCCAACGGGUUUGGAAUCUCUAAAAGGAGAAGUUGUUUGCAAUGUGAAAAAAGAAGACAGUAAUGAUGAGAUUUGUGAUAUAAAAACUGAAGAAAUACAAUUGUCAUUUGAUACGGGCUUCAAUGACGACGAGGAGAAACUACAGGAGGAGGAGGAGGAGGGAACAACAACGUGCACCGACCUCACAGAUGUUCUGCUGGAGGUGACAAUGAAAAGGAAAAAAUCGAAAUUGGUACAUGCAUGUAGUACAUGCGACCGUACCUUUAGUAAUGCCUCCAAUUUGCGCAGGCACAGCAAGUUACACGAUCCCAUACGUCCAUUUCACUGUAGUCGGUGUAAAUAUUCCUUUGAUACGGAGAAGGCCUAUCACCGCCACAUGUUCAAUCAUAAACGUUCGUCAAGGACACGUACAUUUCAAUGUCGCGAUUGCCCGAAAAUAUUCUGGGAAAAAUCAUCACUUGUCUUACACUCUAAGUCCCAUAACCGCACUAGAUGUAAAUCUCGGCCCAAUAGACUUGAGGAGAGGGGUAAAAUAAUUUCUAUAAAAGAUGAAAUUAUUACAAAUAAAGCGACGGGGGAGGAACAUUUAGAAAACGAAACAGAAUCGACGGGUGAAGUUGGAAACAAAGAACUUCUUCCAUAUGUCAGUGCAAGUCAAGUGAAUAAGUCCACCACUCCGAAGAAAGUCAAGCAAGGAAAAACCAAGGGAGAUAAGCCUUUCACUUGCAAUAUAUGCGGGAAAUCUUUCAACAGAGCCAAUUGUUUGCGGAGACAUAAAAUUAUAUUGCAUGACAAGAAUGGUCCAUUCCGUUGCUUCAUAUGUAAACUGCGAUUCGAUACAGAGCGACGAUAUCGUUGUCACAUGCUUUCACGACAUAAUAUACAACUUCCUGAUGAGCCCGAUGCAAAAGGCGAGGGAACUGGGGAAAAUCCUGCAGAUGAUGAGGGGCAUUUGGAUACUGGUGAAUAUGAGGAAAAAAAUGAGGAGGGGGACAAAAACCACUUGGAACAAAAGGUUGACGAUGACUCCAAAAGUGAAGCCUAUGUGGAUUUUGUCGAUACUGGCAUAGGUGAAGUUGAAAAACCCAGGCGAACUUACAUAAGAGGCCAUUAUCCUUGCGAUGUGUGUGGUACAAUUCUUGGUAGUCCAUAUUGUUUAAAACGACACAUGCCACUGCAUUCCCCGGACAGACCAUACGCUUGUCCCUUGUGUUUAUACAGGUUUGUGUCCCCUUACCAACUUCGGCGCCACUUGCUAAAACACGAAAAUGCUGAUGCCGAUAAACAAUCCGAAGGAUUCAAAUGUCCCAACUGUACCAGACGAUUUCAAUCGAGAAAGUCAUUAGGAAUUCACCGCACUCUUAUGCACAAACGUAAAAAUAUAGAAUUAAAAUCCGAUAGUGAGAUCAAAAAAACGGGCAUUGUGUAUCCCUGCAAGGAGUGUAAACAGCACUUUAAGACCCUAAUAUCGCUGACAGAACACAUUUCAAAGGAUCAUCCCGAGAUGCAGAAGUACCAGUGCAAUCAAUGUGAAAAGACAUUUGUUUUGCAUGCCAUGUUGCAGGAACAUUUGAAUCGUCACCGGGGUAUUGAGAACUUUAUAUGUGUAUUUUGCGAAAAGGUCCUGCACAAUAAGGCAGCGCUCGAGGAUCAUAUGCGUUCAUAUAACAUGGCUAACCAAUUCCUUUGCACAGAGUGUGGCAAAACAUUGACCUCUGCCAGCAACUUGAGCCAGCACAUGGAACGCCAUUCGGGCAAGAAAAAAUAUGCCUGUACACAGUGUCCCGGUCGUUUCAAGUGUCGCGUUGAUCUGUACAAUCACAGUUUGACGCAUAGAAAUGUAAAACCUUAUGUUUGUGAUGUUUGUGGCUCACGUUACACCAGAGGCACCACAUUAAGGUUGCACAAAUUAAAUCACACCGGCGAAAAACCCUAUAAAUGCGAUCAAUGUAAUAUGGCUUUUAAUACCAUUAUUAAGCUGCGUAGUCAUUGUCGCAGCCACACCGGCGAGAAACCACAUAAAUGUAAAUAUUGUGAUCGUGCCUAUGCCCAGAAGGGGGAUCUGAAUAAACACUUGCGGACACAUGUGGGUGAAAAAACCUACAUGUGUACGGAAUGUCCAAUGGCCUUUAAAUAUCUUGCAGAAAUGCGCCAACACAUUUGGGAAGUGCAUUAUCAGAAAACGAAUCGUCAAUCGGAUGAAGAAGAAGAGGAAAAGGAAGAAGAACGAAUGCCCGAUAUAAAUGGGCAGCAGCAGCAGUCAAAUGAAACGGUAGAAGAUUCCAAUGAGAAUGAACUACAAUUACAAUUGCAACAAGUGAUAUACUUAGGAGCUGGACUUUUUGAAGGAUUUCUUAAAAAUAUAAAAAUAUUGAACAACCGCAAACUCCUCCCCAGUGGCGACAUGUCUCCGUCAAAGCUAAGAAAAUGCCGUACAUGUUUAAGUGAGAAUGAAAAUGACACCUACCUUCAACUUGUCGAUUACAUUGAAGAAGAGGAGGCUAAAAUCAUUGAUAUGCUGGAUGAGAUUGUACCAGAAAUAAAAGUCAAGGAGGAGACCCAACUGUCUCGAUAUAUUUGUCAAGAUUGUGUUGACAAAUUGCUAACGGGACACAGAUUCCAGCAGCUAUGCAUAGAAUCAAAUAAGCAUCUGCUGGCAUGCCUCAACAAUUUGGAAUCUAAGGGAGCCAAUGAUGCGGAGCAAAAAGAGGAAAUUGCUAAUGAGGAGCUGGAUCCUGAUCCUCUGACAGCUGAAGUUGACUUAAAGUUAAAACAAGAACUAGAGAUUAGUGAUACAUAUAAGUCAGACAUAAGUACAAAGGAAUUAGAAAAUAGUUUGAACUCGGAUAGUGAUUGGGGAGAGGAUGGGGUGGAUGCCAAGGCAAGUGUUACGGAGGAAAAUGAUAGCGGCAGUGACACAGAUUCCAGCAAUGAGAAGCUGUCGGUGUUAAAGCAAAGAAGGUUGCAAAAGACUAAAAAUCAGAAUAAGGAUGGCGAAAGGAAACGCGGGAAACCCGGAAGAAAAUCAAAAGGUCCACCUUAUCCCUGUACUGUUUGUGGCAAAUUAUUGACUACUCCGUCGCAUUUACAACGACACAGCCGAGUACAUGAACUGAAUCGUGCAUUUCCCUGUGAUAUUUGCAAAUUGAGUUUUGCCAAGGAGAAGACCUACCGGUCCCACAUGCAGCUAAAUCACAAGGAGAUGUUUGAUAAGGGCGAAGAAUUUGAAUGUCCUAUUUGUUCGAAAACGUUUUGGAAAAAAUUAUCGCUAUCCCAACACAUGGUCAUCCAUAAUCCGAAUGCCAAAAAACGGGGAAGGCCAUUGGGUAAAUUAAACAAAAUCAAGGAAGAGGAUAAUCCAGAGGAAAUGCAAAAUGAAAACAAGAAGACCCCGUCCUCCAGUGGUGAUAAGUUAUUGGAAUCAAAUUCCAAUGAAAUGGCUGCCGUUGAUGGUGUAAAACAUGAAAUUGAAAUUACCCCUCAAAUAUUCGAUGCGUUGGAGGAUUAUGAUGAGCCCAAUGAUGAGUGGUUUGAUCAGGAUGGGGUAUAUGAGGAUACAGACGAUGAGGAAGAAGAAGGCACUGGAAAAGAACGACGCCCCAAACCCGUAUAUAAUCCAGAUAUGGAUUUUGUGGAUACGGGUAUUGGAGAAGUUGAAAAACCCAGUGCACGUAACCGUCGAAAUGGCAACUUCCCCUGUGGGGUUUGUGGUAAAUUCUUUGACCGCCCAUACCGUCUAAAACGCCACAUGCCAGUACAUUCCAUGGACCGACCACAUGCCUGUAAUAUCUGUAAAUAUCGCUUUGUCACCCCCAACCUGCUGAGGAUCCAUAUGAUACAACAUGAAAAUGACAAUGCCACAACUUUUAUGAUGCAAACUCGGCCGGAUGGCUUCAAAUGUCCCGACUGUCCAAGGCGUUUUGAAAAACAAGCCUCCCUCUCGGCCCACCGUCAAAUUCACACGCGCAACACCUCCGAAGUUAAUUACCCCUGCACGGUGUGUGAACGUAAUUUCAUGUCUGUGCGUUCCCUAACCGAACACAUCACCAACAAACACCCCGAGGUGGAGAAACAUAAAUGUGAUCAAUGUGAAAAGACUUUUGUACUACAUGCCCAUCUGCUGGAGCAUUUGAACCGACACAAGGGUAAUAAGAAUUUGGUGUGUCUCAUUUGUGAAAAGGAAUUUGGUUACACCAACACACUGAAAGAGCAUAUGCGCACCCAUAGUGGUGAAUCUCCCUAUCUUUGUCCACAGUGUGGUAAAACCUUUAGGAGUGCCAGUAAUUUGAGGCAACACAUGGAACGACAUUUUGGUCUGAAGAAAUAUCAAUGUCCGGAGUGUCCAAGUCGUUUUAAUUGUCGUUCGGAUUUGUGCAAACACACAUCGACGCACACGAAUGCCAAACCUCAUGUUUGUGAUGUAUGUGGUUCACGUUUUACCCGAUCCUAUUCCUUGCAGAAACACAAGCUGCUUCAUUCGGGAGAGAGGCCAUUUAAAUGUGAUGAGUGUAACAUGACCUUUGCCAUAGUAUAUCAUUUGCGUAGGCACAUGCGCACGCACACCGGCGAGAAACCAUAUAAAUGUAAAUAUUGUGAUCGUGCCUAUGCCGAAAGUGGAGAUUUGACCAAACAUUUGAGAACGCAUGUUGGUGAAAAUACCUACAUGUGUACCGAAUGUCCAAUGGCUUUUAAAUAUCAAUCAGAACUGCGUCAUCACAUAUCGGAACAUUAUAAAAGUUCCCAACAAUCGUUGGCACAACAAACGCAGGAAGUCCCCAAUGAACAGGCUCAAGAAUUUGCAAAAGAAGAACCACAAAAUGUGCAAAAUGAUUUGCAAUUAACAGAAGAAUCUCAUCCCUCGUUGCAAUUACCAAUGCUAGAAGCUACAACUACCUGUCAUACAACAGGCAGCGAACAGUUAAUGUUAUCCAUGGCAAGUUCUUCAAAUCACACAUCUUCUCCUGUAGCUAGUUCGUUUUGCUUUGACCUUCUUAUUUGCUCGUAUGGAACGUCUUUUAUUUUGGUGUUACCCCAACAUAAAUGCAUUAAAGGGGGGCUAUCUCCACAAUCCCUACAAAUCAUUCAAUUAUCUUGUUUCUUCCAUCCUUUGGAUGUAUCUAAUGUUUGGCAGAGAAUAAUGUCUUUGAAACAAGCAAACAAAGUGUCCGCCGAUGCAAAGAACAGGAUCAAUGACAAUUGUAGGACCUGCAUGGAAGCAAGUGUCACGUAUGAACUCACCGACUAUAUAGAUAAUUACAACAUUAUGGAAAUGUUUGUUAGUGUUGUACCCCAAAUCAGUCUCGAUACGGAUGGAGAGUUUUCCACAUGGAUUUGUCAAGUUUGUGUAGAUAAACUUCUGAUUGGCUAUAAGUUCCAACGGCUUUGUAUUGAAACAGAUCGCCAGCUUCGAUUGCUGGCUAAAGGCAAUACCAUAUGGGAUCCUUUAAUGGAGAAUGAAAUGAAGUUGGAGGAUAGUAACGAAUAUACUGAUAAUAAUGAAUAUGAAAUAUUGAAUAAAGUUGAGAUCUUGGUCAAGUAUGAGGAAGACUGCCCGGAAGAUGUUAACAGAGAGGGGAAUGACAUUGACAUAGACGAUGAAUCAGAUUCAAGCAAACAGAUUCCAUCUGUCUUGGACCGUGAACAAAUGAAUGGGUCUUUGAAAAAACACCAUUUUUCGAAUUGCAAAAGGAAAAGCAAAGGUCAAACUGUUGAAGAUGCUAAAGAACAAACAUGCUUGGAGACAAGCCAGGAGUUGGAACAAUCAUUUCUAUCUGAGGAACAUUUAGAAGACUUCUGUGAAGAAAGAGAAUCGGAAGUAAAAGAUCAAAUCCCAUCCAAACCCUAUGAAUGUGAUAUUUGCAAACAAUGUUUCUCACGAGAAAAACAUCUUAGCAAUCACAAAAGAAAAAAACAUUGCAAUGCAAAAGAAGAUUCCCCUGCCAAUGAUAAAAAAGCGGACCACAUAGCCUUGCAAAAAUCGAAUACAGGCGAUUUUCCAUGUUCCAAUUGCUUGGAGCAUUUUGAGUCUGUCGAAUUACUUGAGGAACACGAAAAAUCCCAUAGGAAAAUGCCCAAGGAUAUGGUCUGUGAUAUUUGUGAAGAGGCAUUCGAAUCCAUGCGACCCUUGAUAAGACACAUGAAAUCACUACAUCCCAUGGCCGAGACAUAUGAAUGCACUGUGUGUAAGCAAACUUUUAUUUUAAGACAACAACUACAAAAACACAUGAGACAGCUGCAUAAAAAGGAUGAACUAAUUUGUGAAAUAUGCCACAAGGACUAUAAAUAUGAAAGUUCGCUGGAAAAACAUAUGCUAAGUCACAAUAUCCAAAAAUCAUAUCUCUGUCCGCAGUGUGGCAAAACAUUUCGAAAUUCCAGUAAUCUAAGGGAGCAUCUAACGCGACAUGCCACCCAGGCCACCUAUCCAUGUUCGGAAUGUCCUAAGACUUUUAAAUGUAGGGCAGAUUUAAGGAAACACAAGGCAACUCACACGAACAACCGGCCGCAUGAAUGUGAUAUUUGUGGUUUUCGUUUUUCGCGGGCCUAUUCCCUGAUGGAACACAAACGCAUGCAUACCGGCGAAAGGCCGUACACAUGUGAAGAGUGUGGCAAAACCUUUGCAAUUUCAUAUAAUUUGAAAAUGCAUAAGCGUACCCAUACCGGAGAGAAACCCUAUAAAUGUGAACACUGUGGCAAAGCCUUUGCUGGUGGUGGGGAUUUAACCAAGCAUUUGCGGCUUCAUAUGGGUGGGAAGACCUUCAUGUGCAAUCAAUGUCCUGAGAAAUUUAAAUAUCACUCGGAAUUGCGCAAACAUUUGUUGGAACAUUUUAGAGCGAAAAAUUCGAGUGGCCACGAAAAAGGGGAUGUGGUAGCAAAUAAUGUCAAGGAUUAUUACUAUUUUAGCAAAGAUAGCAAGGAAAACAAUACAAAAAUGCCUGCAGAUUUAAAAUCGUCCAACAACUGCAGAACUUGUUUGACCGGCGACAGUAAAUAUAAUCUAAAUGAUAGAUACGAAGAAUAUCUAAUUUUGGAAAUGUUAAAUGGAAUUGUGCCGGAAAUAAAAAUCAAAGAAAAUCAACAAUUUUCCCAAUUUAUUUGUCAAAGAUGUCUGGAGAAACUUUUAACGGGUUACAAAUUUCAAAGGCAAUGUAUUGCCACAGAUCAACAACUAAAGCGGAAAUUCUUUGGAAACAACAAUCCAUUAUGGGAUCCCCUAAUGGAGGGCGAUGUUAUGAAGUUGGAAACUGUGGAUGGGGAUGAUAAUGUAGAGGCGAUAAUAAAAUGUGAUGUGGAUUCAUUGGACAGGGAGGAUGUGACAGCAAAUGUCAGUGAUUCGGAUUCAAGUAACGAAACGCUGAGUGUUUUAAAAGAAAGGGAGUUGCGUCUAACAAGGAGAUCCCACAUAACUUCUAGUCCGAAAUCUUCUUAUAAGUUUCGUAAAACCACUCAGGAAUUUGGAAAAUCAUUAAAUGUCAAAAGGAAACGUAAAAACAAAGAAGAACCCACAAAUCCAGAGGAACUAUUUGCAACUGAAGCGGCCAAGGACGAACUUGGUGGCGUGAAAAGCGAUAUAUUGGAGACCGAGAUACCCAUCCCUACAAGUAAUGGCAAAAAUAUCAAAACUUUUCCCUGUGAACUGUGUGACAUGGUCUUCGAUAGAAGUAUUCCCCUUAAACAUCAUCUUUCCAGCCAUUUGGAAAACAAACCCCAUCAAUGUGAUAUUUGUAAGCGUAGCUUUUCCUCAGCCAAAUAUUUGAAUAAUCACAAGAGCAAACGACACAAGGAAACCGAAGAACUAGACUAUAAAACCCCCAAUGACUCCAUCAAUGAUGAAGACGUUUCUUGCCUGAAAUGUUCAGAACGAUUCCGUACUCCCAGCCUAUUGAAGGAGCAUCAAAAGCUAAGACAUCGCCAGGCAAUCACCUGUGAAAUUUGUCACAAUUCCUACGAAUCCAUACGCUCACUGAUAAAGCACAGCAACGCGGAACAUCCCCAGGCCGAGAAGUUCACGUGUGACAAAUGCAAAGAAACAUUUGUGGUGCGCCAUCAUUUGGUCAAACACAUGAAACAACGGCACAGUCGAAAGAAGAAACCACUGUUUUGUGAGAUCUGUGAACGGGAUUUCAAAUACAAAAGUUCCCUGGAGAAACAUAUGCGUAGCCAUAACGGAGAGCGUCCCUAUUUGUGUCCUCAAUGUGGCAAAACCUUUCGCAGUUCAAGUAAUCUAAGUGAACACAUGACCCGACAUGCGGGACAGGCAACAUAUUCCUGUCCCGAAUGUCCAAGACGUUUUAAAUGUGGUUCCGACCUGAGGAAACAUCGGGCAACGCAUACAAAUUAUAAACCUCACAUCUGUGAUAUUUGUGGGUUUCGUUUUUCACGGGCCUAUUCUCUGUUGGAACAUAAGCGUUUGCACACCGGCGAGAGACCGCACAAAUGUGACCAAUGUCAGAAGACAUUUGCAAUUUUAUAUCAUCUGAAGCGGCACAUGCGUACCCAUACCGGAGAGAAGCCAUACAAAUGUAAAUAUUGCAGUAAGGCCUAUGCGGUGGGUGGAGAUUUAACGAAGCAUUUAAGAAUUCAUCUGGGAGAGAAGACCUAUUUGUGCAAUGAGUGUCCCAUGGCAUUUAAGUAUAAUUCGGAAUUGCGCAAACAUUUGAUAGAACAUUAUAAGAUGUCCAUGAAGCAACUGGAUGGAGAAGAUGGCAAGCGAGAGGGAGAUGAAAAAUAUAAUGGAGAGGAAAUUGAAAAGGCAAAUGAAUCGUUGGGAAUGAAAGAAUCUUAAAAGGAUGAUAUAUUGAAAUAUUGCAGAUCGUUUAGUUAUUUAACAAAAUAUUCAAUUCAAAAAAAUUAUUAAAAGGAUAUUAACUAAAGAAUCUUCCAAGCAAUGAAAACAGAUUUGGAAACUUCUCUAUUUUUUAAGCAAUUGAUAGCGUGACUGAGUGGACAUUUAAGGGCCUAAAGGAAAGCAAUACCCAAGCCAAUAUUAAUAUACUAAUCAAUCACUGCCAAGGGGUUUUGGUAGAGAAUUCCUACGGGUCUUCCCCAAUAAAAUACUAAAUAAACCCACAACAAAAUAUUGAAUUUUGACUUUGAAUGACUUUUAAA